AUGUCGCGUCCGCCGGCCCCCAUGCUCGCCGCCCUCUACAACUCGUAUCCACACAUCUUCAACGACAUUUUCGACACGUUCUUCCACGACGCCGACAUAAAGACUCUCCUGCGCCUGCGCCUGACAUGCCGCCUGCUUCAGCACUUUGUCGACGAUACUUGGGGCCACUUGAGAUGGCAAGCCGGGCCGACCUACCAAGGGCUCGGAAGGUGGCCGGCCGCAAGCGCCGUGCGUGACUGGCGGGGCCAUAGCCUGUCCACCGUCUCCCCCUUCCUGAGCUUGACGACCGUGCUGGACCUGAACGUCUCGUCGACCGUGCUCGACGAGCCCUGCAGAGGACGGGUACAAGACUGGCGCGCUUUCCCCGCAAGCUUGAAAGUGCAAGUUCUUCGCAUUGUGAGGUACGACCGUUGGGCCAUGCGUUUCGUCCGCCUUCCGCCUGCGCGCACCGUGGUCAUCUACCAUGCGGUCGACGUACGCCACACCAUGAGCUCGAUCAGCUACCUCCCCUCGGUGAACGUCGUUUGGAAGCUGGACUAUGCCAACCUCAACCCCUCGAUGGGCACUUUGUGCGACAACACCGAGCCUUGUCAGCGGACCAAUGUCUUCGUCCUCCUAUCCAACUGCGACCCGAAGGACACGCACCUCGGUGGCCUGUGGCAGGGCAUGGUGGAGACUGUGGCCGAGAAUGUACGCUACGGGAAGCAAACAUUCUUCUACCUCGUCGACGUCCAGUCCUGGUUCGCUAGGUCUGACGACGACGAGAUCGAGCCAUUGGUGACGAUCAUCCCGGACGAGCCCGAACCGGAGGAACUGAGGAUGGACCACAUCCUGGACGACCCCGACGCCUUCUACGACCUGAUCAGCAGCAUACACGAGGAGUACGUGCGGCGCUCUCCCCUCUGCGGAGAGGAUCUCGUAGAACUUGUGGCGGCCGGGUGCCGGUGCAGCAGCUUCAUACGGCGUAUCUCAACCAAGGAGAUGCGCAUGCGCAUCGGCGACAAGGCUACGUCGUUCACGCUUGCUCCGAUAGGCGAGACCUUGCAUCGAAAGUGA